UAAAUAAAAUAAAUGAAAUUAAAUUAUGUCAAGUAAAGCGGAUAAGCUGCUUAAGCAGGCAGUAAAGGAGCAGCAGAAGCGCAUCAAGCCCGGUGAAUGCCAAAAGUAUGUGCGGGUCAUUUUGGACGUAGCCCUGCGUAAAAACUCUGAGCUUCUGCAGCAAUUAAGUUCAACGGAUUUGAAAUAUGAUCUGCGCAGCCUGCCAGUGAGCAACUGUAUAAUCUGGGAGCGCAAUGUAGGACAACAAACGCUGUCUACUAUUGGAAACGGUUUGGAGGAUGCCUGGCGCUUGGAAGGGCAAAUCUUAAAAGUUUAUUCAGAGGCAGAGUUUCAACACGCAUUAAAAGAUCAAAGCUUAACAUGCAUCGGCUCCCAGCUGCAGACUGCCUUUCCGCAGCCUAACUCAAGAUACGUUAUAGCAGUACCACGCUUGCAUCAAAGCAAACAGCGUGCCAAGGGCAGCGUGGACACUGCGCUGAUUGAGCUGCAACUUUCUGGCUUGCAUAUCGAGCAACUGCGUCCACCACAUACUCAGGAGCUGUUGGCACUGCUGCAACGGUAUACUAAGGCGAUUGCAGAGAUGCCUUACAAACAGCAGCGUCAGGAGAUACUUGGUAGCUUCAAAAAGUACCUGGCCAAUGAUAACAAGCAGUGCGUGCGUGUAGAACAGGGCAAUGGAUAUGGACGACUUUGGCAGCAGCAUUUGAAUAGAUUGCCACUGGUCACUUUAGAGGUGGCAGAGUCAAUUAUAGGUCAGUAUCCUUGCCCCAAGCGUAUGCUAGAGCACUUUGAAAACGAUCCCGACGCCGUACAGAAGCUUGCGGAUGUGAAGAUUAAACGCAGCAAUGGUCCAGCUCCCUUGCAAACGGAACGACGCAUUGGCAAUGUGCUCAGCAGCAAACUGUAUAAUCUAUAUAACGCCAGGGAUCCAAAUACGCUCAUAUAGUUCUUGUUUUAUUCGGUUUUACAUUUACAAUUGAUCGUUAAUUCAUUUAAAUUGCUAUUUCAAUUUGAUUAAUAAGUUCAGUUCAGUCGGCCAUUUUUGACUGGUGUACCAGUGAUUUAGUUCAAUGGGUCAGCUACUCCGUCGUUCGUGACGAUUAUAUCCAUCGGUAAUCCUAUUCUGUUGGUCAUUUAAUUUCAUGAACGAUGAGCUACUGAACAGUUAAAUUGAUCGUGUUCUGAACGUCGUUAUUAUAUUUAAAAUCACAAUAUUUUUAUACCGU